UCCGACUGUGCCGCGUACAACCGUGAGAUGUGCCGCCCGGUGCAUAGUCUUAUCAUUAGCACAUAGGUACUAAGUGAUAACCUAUGUACAAAACUAUAGUGGAAUAGGUGCUAUACCAAAAACUCUUUUAUAAAUAAUUACAAGUAAUUUAUGAGAUAUCGUAAGCUAGACGGAACAAAAUACAAAAAUGGUUGGCAACGAAACUAAAAAACCUAACGAUGUUGCUCGAGAUGAAAAUGGCCAAGAUUUGAAAGACCUCAACAAAAUUAACUCGCUUAAAUUAGAGGACAAUUAUACAAAAGAUGUCGUACAUUAUACUAAGGAUGAAUCACCUCCUGGAGAACGAGUUAAAUUUGAGGGGCUGGAUGAUAUUGACAGUAUAUGCUCCAAAGAUGAUGACAAACUGCCACCAAUACCUGACGGAGGGUGGGGUUGGGUUGUGGUGUUCGCUGCAUUCCUCACCGCGUCGUGUGCUGAUGGACUCACAUAUUCCUUCGGUAUACUACAUGAAGAAUUUAUCAACUAUUUCCAAGAUUCACAAUCAAAAACGUCACUAAUAGGUAGCUUAUUUAUUUCAAUACCUCUGAUCUCCGGACCAAUUAUGAGUGCUUUAGUAGAUAGGUAUGGAUGCAGAACUAUGAACAUGGCCGCCGGUAUACUGUCGACUAUCGGUUUCUUGCUUGCAUCGCUGAGUAAUAGUAUUGAAAUGUUGUGUGUAACAUUAGGUGUUAUAAGUGGUUUUUCGAUGGGCAUUUUCUACGUUACCGCAGUAGUGUCAGUUGCGUUUUGGUUUGACAAAAGAAGGACUUUAGCAGUGUCUAUAGCUCACACUGGUGUAGGUUUUGGUACAUUGGUGUAUUCACCACUGACGAACUAUUUGCUGCAAAUAUAUGACUGGAGGAAUACACUCGUUCUGCUAGGUGGAACUGUUUUGAAUAUGUGUGUGUGCGGAGCUUUAAUGAGGGACCCGGACUGGAUAAUAAUUAAAGAACAUAGAGAAAAAAUGGAGGCAAAGAAGUCGAGGUCUAGAAGAUCGUCAAGUGCUGGCUCAAUAUCAUCUAAAUCGAUUGGUAAUGAAUCAGUUUACCUAGACGCCGAUGAGUUAAAUGAUUUAUUAAAGAGUGGAAGAAGUCCUGAGUACAUUCUGGCUAUGCUGACCACAUCAGUAGCAGAAGCUGAAAAGCUGGAGGCUACUACGCAAAUGAAUGCGGAGAUAGCUACCAAAAGAGCUAAUUCUGAUGUACAUCUUCCUACGUUUGUACAACAUCAUGAUCAAGUGCCAGCGGAGGUGAUAGAGAAAUUGAUGACAAACAAACGCCUUUACAAUAUAAUACUCCACAACUACCCACACAUACUCACGAGGAGACGCUCCGAGGAAAACGUAAAUGUAGAACCUCCUAUAUCUGUGAAAGAACCAACGAAAAUGAACAUGACACUAAUGGCUAAGAAACCAAAAACACAAAAUGAAUUCAAGCAAGAAACUGAGCAAAAUAAAGCAAUAAAGAAAGACUUAGCUCCUAAAGAAGCAGAUAUUAAACCGUCAAACGCACUUGCAAUUCCUAAAGAGCCAAGUAAAGGCGUACCUAUCCAGCCUGCUCAAGCGAACUGGAUAUCAAGGCAAAUAUCCACAGACCAUCAUUACUUGAGAGAUAUGCCUCUAUACAAGGGCUCGAUGAUGUACAGAGGAGCCAUGAUGAACAUUCCUAGGUACAAGCUACGUGCAUCGUCUCUACCUGAUAUCUAUAGAAAUUCUACGUGGUCGAUAUGGUCCGGUUCUGAUAACGAAAAGAAAUGGUACGACCGCCUGAUAGACGGUUUAAAGUCGACCUUUGACUUCCGCAUGUUCACCGAGUUUCACUUCUUCCUGUUCAACAUGGCGUCGCUGAUCCUGGCCGUGUGGGCCAUCAUCCCCUACUUCUUCCUCAAGUCCUACAUGUCUGCCGUCAACAUGGAGGGCGGCGCCACCAUGAUUGCUAUUGUUGGCAUCGCCAGCGGUAUUGGUAUUGUAGUACUUGGCUGGGCCGGCGACCAACCCUGGAUAAAUGUCACAAAAGCGUUCGCAAUUUGCUUAUUCAUCUGUGGCAUUUCUAUCGCCGCCUACCCUCUCUGCAUCAACAACUACUGGGCUUUGGCAGUCGUGUCUGUCAUCUUCGGCUGGUCCUAUGCUAGCUCGUACGCCUACACUCCGGCCAUUCUGAUCGAACUGGUGCCUAUUGACUACUUCACGCUGGGAUAUGGAUUGAUAUUGCUGAGUCAAGGCAUUGGCCAUCUGUGUGGACCACCUAUAGGAGGUCUGCUCUUCGACAUAACCAAAAGCUGGGACUUGACAUUCUACGUCGGCGGCUUGUGGGUGAUCCUCGCUGGUAUCCUCGUCGGCAUCAUCCCCUACACCAACAACAUGCGCAUGUGUGGCUCGGCGCCAUUGCUGAAGGACUUGGACGACGGGACCAGCACUAAGAACUCCGUCCAUAUGCAUGUGUGAACAUGAAUCAUAACCAGCCGAUGAACGUUCACUGCUGGACACUGGCCUUUUGUAACGACUAGAACAGCCUGUAUUCAGUGGUUCCAGAUAUCGGAGAGUGUUGGGGAUCAAAAAGCAAAUCAUAUAAAAACUCAAGUAGGCUCAGUUCGCAUCGUUUAAUUAUAUUUUAAGCCCUGAAGCAAAAUGAGGGCAUAAGUGUGAUCGUCGUGUCUCAAAUGGGUGAACCAUUUGGAUUCGCUGUAUUUAUUGACUGCUGGUUUUCAGAGUUUACAAGAUAUGGGGCAAUGAAUGUAUUACAAAAAUGUAAGUUACAUUUAAAAUACCCUCAACCCUAUUUACAUUAUCAAAACUAUACAAUUUAUCCUCAUUUCGAUAAGGACAAUUGAUUUCGUUGGAUCAGCUCACAUAUUGCAGUUCCAUAAACUUGAUGGAGCGUAAUUCUGACGUAGAAGUCGUUACUUUAGUCUAAAUCACGAUAUGUACUUACAAAUAUCCCUACAAAAAGAAAAUAGCAGGACUAUUUUGAAGUCGGUUAAGAAGUUUAGGUGAAUGUGUGCUUACCAAAGCCAAAGGUUAGGAAUUGAUACGUGCAUGCAUGCCAAAGUUUAGCAUCUAGUGAAUAAAGAAUUUAUUAGUUAUUAAGGUUCUAUUUAAUAAAUUAUGAUAAAUAUGG